GCCACUUUCAAGCAAAAUGUCGCAGUUUAUCAACUUGUAACAUAUGCCGUCGUCGUCAUCAUACAUUACUACACGGCUGCCGCGAAGAUGACACGACCAGCGAUGAGCUGAAUGUACACGCUUCUCCGUUUGUAAAGCAGCAAGGCAAUCUACAUGUGCAACAAUCGACUACUUCAUCUACAAUCGAUGACUCUACUACGGCGCGUAUACAUAAUGCUAGCUCGGAUGUACCGCAUUCUGGUUGCGUAGCAUCUCACGUCGCUGAAGCUGACAAGGCCAUUUUAUUGGCAACCGCAGAAAUAUAUUUGCAAGAUCAUGCAGGGCGAUGGCAACCUGCUCGGGUGUUGUUUGACAACGGCUCACAUGCAUCCUUCGUGACAGAUGCCUGUAUUCAACGCCUCCGUCUACAAAGGAAACCUUCGGCAGCUCAUGUCACAGGUAUUGGUUCAACAGAUGGCGGUAAAGUUAAGGGUGAGACUAUUCUUUCACUUGCGCCCCGAUCUCUUGACCAGCAUUUCACAAUCAACUCGCUUAUUUUAUCGAAGAUUACAAACGAUCUUCCCAGCGUUUGUGUACAGAUGUCGUCUUGGCCGCACUUACGAAAUCUCGCUCUUGCUGAUCAGCAUUAUGCCAAACCUGGUCCUAUUGAUGUGUUAAUAGGGAUGGAUGAGAUGGAUAAAUUCCUGUUAACCGGUCUCUGCAAAGGGCCACCUGACACACCCAAGGCGCAAAACACAGUUUUCGGUUGGGUACUUUUCGGAAAGGCCAUGCGUUCAUCCAGCCCAAGUGCGGGAGUUUUAUCCCUGCACUGUGAUGUGCAACUCAUCCGAAUGGUGAGUAAGUUUUGGGAGCUCGAAGAGUUUCCCCCCAAGCGAUACUUAACUGUCGAAGAGGAGGCUUGUGAAGGGCAUUUUCGCAAGCAUUGUCGCCGCGCUGAAGACGGGCGUUACAUCGUACGCCUACCGUUAAAGGAAUCCGUGCCUUUAGGUGAGUCGAGAAACAUAUCCGUAAGAAGUCUGCUAAGAAUGGAAAAACGUUUCGCUGUUGAUGAGGAGCUACGCCGUCAAUACGCAGAAUUUAUGCAGGAGCUUUUAAAUAUGGGCCACAUGGAGCUCGUAGGCAACGCUCAACCGCAUAAAAGUUACUACAUGCCACACCACGCUGUAGUAAAGAACACCAGCUCCACCACUAAACUGAGAGUGGUGUUCAACGCCUCAUGUAAAACCACAUCCGGUUUCUCGCUCAACGAUGCACUAAUGAUAGGCCCGCAAUUACAAGAGGAUCUGUUUUCUAUAAUGGUGCGGUUCAUCGUUACGCAAUAA